AUGACGCCAUCUGUGGUCAGGGCCAGGAAGAGAUCUUGCUUGGAGCCCUGGGUUGUCGGCCUCAUUACUUUCGUGUCCUUGAUUGUGCUGGCAGUGUGCAUUGGACUCAUUGUUCAUUACGUGAGAUACAAUCAUAGGAAGACAUACAAUUACUACAGUACACUGUCAUUCACAAGUGAAAAAGUAUACGAUGAAUUUGGAAGAGAAGCUUCCAAAAGUUUCACAGAAAUGAGCCAGAAAAUUGAAUCAAUGGUAAAAAUUGCAUUUUAUAAUUCUCAAUUGAGAAGAGAAUUUGUCAAAUCUCACAUUAUUAAGUUCAGUCAAGAGAAUUAUGGGGUGUUGGCUCACAUGCUGCUGAUUUUUAAAUUUCGGUCUACUGAAGAUCCUGACACCAUAAAUUACAUGAUUCAACGUGUUCUACAAAAAAAACUACAAGAUGCUGUAGGACCCCCUAAAUUAGAUCCGGAAUCAGUUGAAAUUAAAAAAAUCAACAAGACAGAAACAGACAACUAUCUGAACCACUGCUGUGGGACAAGAAGGAGUAGAAAUGCCAGGGAGAGUCUCAGGAUUGUUGGCGGAACGGAGGUGGAAGAGGGGGAAUGGCCUUGGCAAGUCAGCCUGCAGUGGGACGGGGUUCACCGCUGUGGAGGAACCUUGAUUAACAGCACGUGGCUUGUGAGUGCUGCCCACUGCUUCCGAGAUUAUAAGAACCCAGCCAGGUGGACGGCUUCCUUUGGAGUAAAACUAAGUCAUCCAAGGAUGAAGCGUGACGUCAAGAGGAUAAUUGUCCAUGAUAAAUACAAUUAUCCAUCCCAUGACUACGAUAUCGCAGUGGUGGAACUUUCUCGCCCUGUUCCCUACACAAAUGCAGUGCACAGAGUUUGUCUCCCUGAUGCAUCCCACGAAUUCCACCCAGGUGCUGAGAUGUUUGUGACAGGAUUUGGAGCACUGCAAAAUGAUGGUAACACUCAAAAUCACCUUCGGCAAGUACAGGUGCAGCUCAUAGAUACUAAAACCUGCAAUGCAGCUCCAGUGUAUAAUAAUGCCAUAACUCCUAGAAUGCUAUGUGCUGGCUUCUUAGAAGGACAAAAAGAUGCAUGUCAGGGUGAUUCCGGAGGACCACUGGUUAGUUCAGAUACUAGAGAUAUCUGGUACCUCGCUGGGAUAGUGAGCUGGGGAGAUGAAUGUGGACAACCCAAUAAGCCUGGUGUCUACACUAGAUUGACCGCCUUUCGCGAGUGGAUCACUUCCAAGACUGGUGUCUAA